GAAGAAGCUGUUGCGCCGACAGCCACGGCCACCCCGCACGCUGACCUACCAGCAGAGAUCAUGUCGUCGCUGCCCACGGCACCGGGGUUCCCCCCUCUCCGGUUGCGCCGGUACGCCGGGUUCUGGCUGACCGACCGCACGCUCAAGUUCCUCGGCGCGUCGCACGCGCGCUUCAGUCCGAGGCCCACCGACGUGUUACUCGUGAGCUUCCCCAAGACCGGUACCACCUGGCUCAAGGCGCUCGCCUUCUCCGCGCACCUGCCGUCCACCGGGGCCGACCACCCGCUCCAUCGCAACAACCCCCAUGACCUCGUCGGCUUCCUCGAGCUCGCUGGGGAAGACGAUGAUGGUCUGAUCUACGAGGGGAUCCCUUCUCCGCGUUUGCUUGCCGCCCACCUGCCCUACUCCCUGCUGCCCCACGGCAUCACGGACGGCUCCGGCGGCCGGAUCGUGUACGUCUGCCGGGACCCCAAGGACACGCUUUUCUCCUUCUGGCACUUCCACGAGAAAACCACGGCGACGCUGCAGCGGAUGGCCGACGACGGCGGCGCGUCGUCCGCCAUGCCGACGUUCGAGGAGGCGUUCGAGCUCUUCUGCAAGGGUCAGAGCAUGGCGGGGCCACAGUGGCGCCACGCGCUCGAGUACUGGGAGGCGAGCCGUCUGAGCCCCGAUCAGGUGCUGUUCCUCAGAUACGAGGACAUGCUGCGUGACCCGGAGGGAAGCCUGAGGAAGAUGGCGGUGUUCAUGGGGUGCCCCUUCUCUCCGGAGGAGGAGGAGACCGGGGUGGUGCGCGACAUCGUGGAGCUCUGCAGCUUGGGGAUGCUCAAGGGGCUUGAGGUCAACAGGAGCGGGCGCACGAUGCUGGGGCUCAAGAACGAGGCCUUCUUCAGGAACGGCACGGUGGGGGAUUGGAGCAGCUGCAUGACGCCGGCCAUGGCGGCGCGGCUGGACGGGAUCGUGGCCGAGGCGCUGGAGGGCUCCAUGCUUUUUUUUUUGAAAGAAAAGAGCGUGCAGCAGGCCAACGCCAAGCCUGAGAAUUAG